AUGGCGCCAAAAUUUAUCAAGGAAGGCAAGAUCCAGAUCCUAGCGCAGACUGCUAAUAGCGUCGUGUAUGCGGUUGCAAGCGACAGUAAGACCGGAUGGGCGAAGGACUGUCCGUCGGUUCUGAAGGGCGGGACGGUUUGGUAUGAAGGCCGAGAAGCGCUGGGGCCGGGAAAGGACGUGGAAGAAUCUGACGAGAGGGCGCGGAAUGAGGCGGGCAUCUACGAGGCCCUCGGGCAACACAACCACAUCCUUGGCUAUCUUGGCCUCGAGACGACGGUUAUAGACGGCGUGGGAACGAUGCCCAAGGCUUGGGCGGUACGCCUGGAGCGGGCCCCGUAUGCGGUCCAGCUCGCUGAGGGCGUCGCGCAUACGCACCGGUGCGGCGUCGUAUGGGGCGAUCUUUCAGUCCGAAACGCCCUUCUGUUCGAUAAGUGGCACAUCAAGCUAGGCGACUUCGCUGACUCGGACCGAGUGGAUGACUAUCCCCGUGACUGGUACGGAUGCGAGGUCCGCUACUGUCCACCCGGGUCCGAUAGACCUCAUUGUCAAGAUGUUGGCACUAUGAACCGCGAGCUAUUCGCUCUCGGCACUGCUGUCUAUGAGAUCGUCGAAUGGAAGGUGCCGUAUGGCCCCGAGGACGAAGUCCCGGAGGAUGAAGUCAUUGCGGCGCUUGUGGUCGGCAAAAGGCCCCAGCUGACCAACGACAAUCCUGCUGAGGCCGUCAUCCACCGGUGCUGGGGGUACAUGUACGAAUCGUCGCGACAGAUCGUCGACAGCUUGAGGGGUCUUUUGUAA